GGGUACAAUAUCUCUGGCGAAGCCGUCAUGGUGAGUUUCCGUGUCCUGCGAUAUUCGUGAUGGAUUGCUUGUUGGUAGCAUAUGCUCUAGAUUGUUUGGGUCUGAUUAUAUGCGAUACUUGGACAUAUGCUCUGGGUGGCAUGCGAUACAUACCCCAAGGCGAAGGACUAUCGGCAGUGGAUAUGAAGAAUGAAGUCAUUCUGGACAAGAUAUCGUUCACCUCGAACUAUUUCUACGACACGGAAAUGUACUGGCCCAAAGCUGCGUUGAUUGCUCUUUACUUCAAGAUCAUCCCAAGUACCAUGCCACGGCUAAGGAUGUCAUUGUAUAUUGUCACUGGACUUGUGGUCGCGUGCGCUAUAUGUACGUUCUUGCUCGACACUCUUUGGUGUGCGCCGAAUGUCUCGAGCAACUGGUCAUUGGAGGAAGGCGCAUGCUCGACUUUCAACUCGCUUCUUGUCUUACAGAUCGACUGGGCGAUGAACUGCUUCUCUGAUAUUGCGAGUCUUGCCACCAUCGCCGUCAACCUCGCCCGAUUCAUCACCAUCCAAACCGGCAACAACUGGAAUGCCGUCUUUAUAUGGUCCAUGGCCGAAAUGGCCGUCGCAAUCAUCGUCGUCUCCCUCCCCGCACUCAAAACACUACUACGCCGCAAGAACAAGACUCCCACGAGCUCAAAUUCAUAUUCAAAUGGUCAUCAUUAUGUGGUCACCGCUUCGCACCGAAAGUCUGUGUUUGGGAGGGGAGAUCCGCUGAAUGAUAGCGGUAGUGAUGUGGAGCUUAAUCAUGUCGGCAAAAGAGAUGUUAUUUACAAGAUUAAAGAGGUUAGUGUUGAUUCGAGGCCGAUUGAGGAGAGUGAUGAUGGAGGGCCGGUGGCUUCGGCUUGGACGAACAAUGGGUAUGGUGGUGGUGUU